AUGUCUCUAGGACUAUCCACCCGUGCUCUUAUUAAUGCAUUUAUAGUAGUACCUGUAGUAAAGAAGGUGGAAAAGAAAGAAUCAUUUGCAGACAUUAAAGUCAAGGGCUUCUACUUAAUAGAUCUCAUGCAAAUAUCUCUCCUUCUUCCCUUUUCAUUUGGUAUGGCCAGGCCUUUUGUUUUCGAAUUCUUUAAAAAGCCCGAGAGAGGAUGGAUGCUUGGCAAGCUAGUGUGCGAACUUUUAUAUGUCUUAUUCAUUAUUUCAGUUGCACAGCAUGCAUACAGCGCCUGGAAUAAGGUCGUUAUAUCAAAAGACUCUGCAUCCUCUGUUGUUCUUACGUGCUUGCCUAGAGUAUGGGCAUGUGCCUCAUCUAUUCUUCAAGUGUUCCUCUUUAGGUAUAUACUAGACACAUCGCUGGAAAUUGCAAUGGACCAUAAAAAACUUCUUGAUCUAAUUUUUGCAACAAUUGACAAUACAUACACUGUGCUAGAAAAAGUAUUGCCACAUACUGUUCUGCAUUAA